AUGCCUCCAAACUUCAAUUCAAACGUCUCCUACGCGAAAUACACGCUUCCAUACCCGGUCUACGCCGCCGAGUUCGAUCCCUACAACCGUGGAUAUCUAAUAGUCGGCGGAGGUGGAGGUGAAGGGCGGAGCGGUAUACCGAAUCAGAUCUCCGUCCUCGAUGUAAACAACCGAGCAACGAUUGAGCCUGCAGUCGACAUUGAUCUUUUCCGAGAAGAGGACUCUGUAUCGUCACUUGCCAGCCUCGCGACCAAGGAUGGUCUGAUCACAUUCGCGGGAAUCAACUCCUCACAGACUCAGCAAGACGCGGGAAAGAACGAGCACUUCCGAUCGUUUAGUAUUCGAUAUCCAUCUCGCAAGAGGCAGAGGACCGACGACUCAAAUGACAGCGAGGAUAAUGGGGAGAUUCGGCCACUGGGGAAGAGGGCAAUCCUGAAGCCGUCCAAAGCCCCUAAGAAGGAGACAUACCAGCGCCUGCUACGGCUCUCGCCAGUGCAAAAGCGCGACCAACCUGGGAAACGAAUUGGUGCAAUCGCGUCAGGGUUGGCUCAGGACAAUGAAUUGAUUGUUUUCAACGCAACGGUCGCACUGCCGGACGAGAAGGACAUUAUCGCCAGGAUCAGUCUUCCCGAGAAACAGGAAGCUGCGGACCUGGACAUUUCAUUGACACCAGAAGGGGAAUUCAGCGUGGCAUACUGCGACGACCACAACAUAUACGAACAGACGUUUCGAUACGACUUCGAUAAGAAGAAAGCGGAGAAGCGGCCCAAUGGCCCACGGCGAGUUCAUCAAAUGCCAGUUCCCGAGGGCUUCCAGGAUCCCAAAAGCAGGCCGAAGUUCAGGUGCUUGCGGUUCUUGAACUCUCAGAAUGUUGUCGCUCUGGUCAACAAGCCCAACAAGAAAGGCGCACAGUUGCGUGUGUACCAUCUCUACCCUACUGGCCCGGCUCUAGAGAUGUCGGAGAUGAACCUACCCUCGCACAUCAAGCAAGCCACAAGUAUUGACGUAUGCGCGCUGGAUGCCGAUAAGAACGGGAAUCAGCAAUUUGUCCUUGCCGUGGCUGGCCAAGACAUCAGCAUCGAGGUGUACACCGUCAACUAUCAAGCGGCCACCGACACAUUCUCGUCAUUCAAAUCGUACAUUAACAUGCGCGAUGUGCACAAGCAACAAAUGACGAAGAUUGUCUUUGCCCCAUUCCACUCGCCGCCUCGCGCACCUAAUCCAGGAGAGCAAGUUGCGGUUGGUAAGAACGGCGAGCCAUUGCCCAAGCCUGCAUUGAUGCAUCCUGGUCCGCAAUAUGUGCGCCUCGCAUCCGUCAGUUACGGCAAUACUGUGGUCAUUGACACCUUCCCUCUCAUACCGCUGGAUCCAAAGGACAAAGACUCGCGCUAUGUGCUUAGCCAUCCUGGAGACGAGGCUUUCUGGCGAUGGGCAUACAUCAUCGUCAUAUCAUUCUGUGUCCUCAUUACAGCAUUCUUGUUCCAAUCAUUCACGGGCGGUUUCUCCGGCAGUGUCGGUCCCUUCAAAUACCUGCCGGAGAACGUACGCGAGUUUCUGGAUAUGCCAGCAGGUGCGGCCUACAGUCGCGGCGGCUAUGCGAAGGUUUCUGAAGACAUCGCUGCACCGGUCAGCACAGCGGGCAGCUUGCGGUCUGCCAUCGAAGAGCACCAUGGCACGCCUGAAGAUGCUCAGACUACGGCCGUGGUGGUGCGCGACGUGCCCGAAGGCGAUGGCAUUGACGUCCAUGUCCAUCCAGACAAGGAGAAGUACCUGGAGAAAGAUGUUCACGCAAAGCACUGGCAUGAACUGGAAGAACACCAAAAAUCCUACUUCAAAGAGAAGCUCAUCAAAGCCGGUCAAUGGUCGGAAGCCGAAGGUGAAACCGUGCUGAAGGGUGUGUUGUGGUCACUGUUCGGGCAGGUCGUGCACGGCGAGCUUUGA